AUGCACGCAGUCGACACCCUCGUGCAGACGAUCGGUACAUCCGCAAGCAAUGUCAGUGUUGGUCCGAGCAAGCGAGGUUUGAUUCUCGAUGAUUUCAGUGGGCAAACGCUGAAGGACAUGUCUGGCGUAUUCGGCCUCGAUAUGGCAGGACCUGACACAGCAGUCAUGCUGAGCAUUGUGGAUCAAUGCUUUAAGAGGCCCGGUGAAAGCUCCUCAAACGCAGCUCUCUUGGACAUCAUCACUGUCGAGUCCAAUGGUACCGGCACGGAGACGAUGAGGCAGAAAGUGGUGGGCGGAGUCACAGAUCAGAUCGCCGCCCAGUUCAACGCGCUCGCUGGCGGCUCCAUGGGACAAUCGAUUAGCUCAGAUGCAACUGUCCAGAUGCUCUUGGGAACGAUCCAGAACUUCAGCAUGGAUGCCAUGAUGCUACCAGACUCGGAGGUUGCAACGGAGGACCCAUACAGAAACAUGAUGCUGAACGAGACUUUGCGGAAGUUCUUCGUGUCUUCUGGAGCUUGCGAAGACUGGGAGUUGGAAGGGACUUCGACCUACGGGAUUGAAUCCUUCAGCAUUGCCCUGGAACAGUUCGGCACACCACGAUCACCACCCCAUGCAAGCUGCGGCCAGCUUGUUGACUGCAACAGUGAUCCUGCAACAGAAGCUGCAUGCAACUCGGCCAAUAGCUUCAUGGAGCUGAAGCAGGGCUUGAGAACCGUCAACACUUUCAAGUGCAAAACUUUCCGAGAUGAAAGUGGGCCAUGCACACUUGUCAAUAUGACCUAUUCGGGUGAUGGCGCGUAUCAAAGCGACUGCUUCCGCAGUGAUGGCAGCCUCGCGGAGAUGGAGUAUGACUGCACACUUGCAGACUUCACCGAGCUAGUGAAAGGCUAUUCAAAACAGUUGGACCUUGCCUUUGAGCGACUUGACACAGUCACGCCUUUGGUCUUGGAAGACAUUGCAACGAAGAUGCGGGACUUAGUCGAAACAAACGUGAUCGACAAAAUCGUCUGGAUCGCCGACGGUGUUACUUGCGGCUUCAUGGGCUCAUCCUUCUUCACCUUUGUUGAUGGGAUGUGCUUCCGCGGAGUGUUCGGCUUCUCUGCCAUCGCUGCCUCGUACGUCGCAUGUGCUGUGCUUACACUGCUUCUGGUCAUCCUACAGUAUUUGAUUUGGCGCUUCGCGCUCGACACAUAUGAGCUGAACAAGCAGGACAACGCUGGGACCCCAUAUACGGGCGUGACGGUUGAGGGCCAGCCGCUGACCAACACCGCCAAGGAGUAA